CAUGCUUUAGACAACCCAUCCUAUGGCAUGCAGAAAAUAUGAGAGUUACUUCUAUUAUUAUUUGUUUUCAAUUGUUUUCAUAGCUGCAGGUUUAUUCUUAAUGAAGAGAAAGAAAAAGUAAGAACAAGGAUAUGUGUUAGUUUGA